UGAACGGCAUUUAGAGUCUAUGGGAAAAUCAUUAGCUCAUUUCCAUCUUGAUCACUUACAUGAAGAGCUGCCAGAAGAGCUGAACAGAACAAAAGACAUCAUUGAUGCCUUAGAUGCACCUAUUCCUCAAGAGUGUAUUGAUUGUAGAGGCAAACUGAACUCAGCUCAGCAAAUUGCAUUUGACAGGAUUAUUUCUCAAGUCCAAUCAGGAAAGCCUGGCUGUUUCUUUGUUGAUGGUCCUGGAGGAACUGGAAAAACAUUCUUAUACAAUGCGUUAUACACAGAGGUUCGCAUGUCAGGAAAGUUUGUUCUGCCAACAGCUACAUCAGGGAUUGCUGCAGCAAACAUCCCUUCUGGAAGAACAACGCACUCAAGAUUUAAGAUUCCCCUGGAUUCAGAGACAUCUCUUGCCUGUGAUGUUCCCAAACAAGGCAGCCUAGCUGCUUUAAUCAGAGAAACAACUCUUAUUAUUUGGGAUGAAGCUUCAAUGGCUAAAAAAGAAAACAUUGAAUCAGUUGAGCUUUUGCUUCGUAACCUUUGUGACGCAGAACAACGAUUUGGUGGAAAGAUUGUAGUUUUUGGGGGAGAUUUUAGGCAGGUUUUUCCAGUUAUUCCUCGCAAAACUCAAAGAGAAGCUGUUGCAGCAAGCCUGGUAAACUCACAUAUUUGGCCUUGGCUAGAGAAGCUACACCUAACUGAAAACAUCAGAGCAAGAGAAGAUCCCCCAUAUGCUUCAUUUCUGCUGAGUUUGGGCAAUGGUCAGCUGCAAUCUGAUGGAAAUGCUUAUGUUCAGGUUCCUCCUCACAUUGUGAGUUAUUAUCAUGAGAGUGAUGAUCCUAUCAAUCACCUAGCUGCUACUGCAUUUCCAAAAUUAGAAAAUGCAGUAUUUUCACCAGAUAUCUUCACAGAGAGAGCCAUUCUUACACCAUUGAAUGACACAGUUGAUGCUAUUAACACAGUUCUCAUAGACAAAUUUCCAGGAAACUCUGUAAUUUACAUGAGCUUUGACAUCAUGCUAGAUGACAAUUGUGCCAUUUACCCUACAGAGUCCCUAAACUAGCUAGCCCCUGGUGGUAUGACUCCGCAUGAACUUGUUCUUAAAAUAAACAGUCCUGUAAUAUUGCUCAGAAACAUUGAUCCAGCAGAUGGGCUUUGCAAUGGAACGCGUCUUAUAUACAAGUCUUUCAGAAGGAAUGUAAUUGUUUGUUCUAUAGCCACUGGUCAUCGUCGAGGAGAGCUUGUAUUCAUUCAUCGUGUUAAUCUCCGACCUCCAUCAUCAACAAAAUAUCCUAUUCAGUUUGAGCGAAUUCAAUUCCCUCUGAAACUCAGCUUUGCAAUGACUGUAAACAAAUCUCAAGGCCAGACACUAAGCCAAGUGAUAGUUUACCUCCUACAACCAUGCUUUUCCCAUGGACAGCUAUAUGUUGCCUUGUCAAGGGCAAAGAAGUCAGCUAAAGUGACUGUGAUCACACCAUACCCAAAUGAACAACACACUUCACCGGUCCUGAAAAACGUUGUAGCGUAUGAUGUCUUGCAAUUAUCUGGCAUAAAAUGAUACAGGAAUGUAAAGGUGCUUUUGCUUCUAUAUAUCUAUAAUGUAAUUGAGCCUAAGGUUAAGCUUUCUAAAUUCUUGUAAGCUCAUUUGUGUUAAAGCACAAUAAAAUGGU